AUGGCGAAAAAUGCAGUUUUUAUUGAGCAACUCUCCCCUGCCGAAGACCUUUUAGACCCCGAUCCCGAAACGCUCGAGGUCUUAACCGCCAUUCGCCGCAAUGCUUGCGAAGCUUAUGUCAUUUUCCUGUCGAACGGCAUCCAAAUGGAACAUUUCUUGAGUUACGGCGACUCCAAUCGCACCCUGAGUCCCAACUCGAAAUACAUCAUUUUGCACGAUUAUCGCCUUUUUACGCCCGAGCAACAUUACAUCUGGAAGCGUUUCAUCAACGUCGUCUUCAUUCGUCUCUACAACCAAAAAUCCUACGUGAGUUAUCAGAAAGCGGGCUUACCUUUCGAGUUGAGUACCGUUUCCUUUCCGAGCACGGAGCACAGCAUUUUUGUCUCGAGUCGCAUCGAUAUUUGGCAAUCCGGGAAAUUUCGCUUCAACAAGGAGCUAUUUGUCGAUCGCACGGCAAAUAUGAAGUCGGAGCAACUAAAAGUGAUCGUUUUUACUCACACCCCCGCCGUUACGAGGAUUUAUGAGGGGAUGAACUUCACUUAUGGCGGCGUUGAGGUUAAAAUUAUGGAAGCGUUGCAAGAUGUGAUGAAUUUUACGGCAAUUUUUUACGAACUCGAGCACUCGGAUGACGUGAAAUGGGGACAAAUGAACGAAAAUGGGAGUUACACGGGACUUUUGAAGGAAAUGGAUGACGCCAAGAGUGAUUUUGCGCUCGCGGAUCUCCAUUAUACGACUUUCAACUUGCAAGUUCUCGACUUGAGCAUUCCCUACAACACGGAAUGUCUCACUUUUUUGACUCCCGAAGCAACUUCCGACAAUUCGUGGAAGACUUUGAUCCUUCCUUUCUCGGGAACCAUGUGGGCUGGCGUCCUAACCUCACUUUUUUCCGUGGGAUUCAUUUUUUACGGCGUUUCUUUCAUUUAUCGACGCUUGCAUGGACCUCUAAUGAUGGGAAUUAGCGAUAUUUCGACUGAAAAUCAUGAAAAAAAGAAAAAAAUUAAUUCUACAGUACCUCCGGACAUGUUCGACAAGCUCUCCGAUUGCAUAAUUUACACUUAUAGCAUGCUUCUGUACGUUUCGCUGCCGAAAUUUCCACUCACCUGGAGCUUAAGACUUCUCACGGGCUGGUAUUGGAUCUAUUGCAUCUUGAUUGUCGUCGCUUAUCGUGCCUCGAUGACGGCAAUUCUCUCAAAUCCCUUCCCGAGAUUCACAAUUGACACGAUCGAGGAACUCGUUUACAGCAAACUCGGCAUUGGGAUUUGGGGCGAUGAGAAUCGAGGAUUUUUUCUCAUGUCGGAGGAUAAGGAUAGUCAGGAAAUUGGACAAAAAGCGGAGAGUUAUGUUGAUGCGUUGGAAGCGACCAAAAAAGUGGCGGAAGGGAAAUUCGCGUUGUACGAAAAUGAAUAUUUUUUGAAGGAAAUGCGAUCAAAAGUUAAAGCGACAGAGUCGAAAUUGUCGCUUCAUGUCAUGUCGCAGUGUUCGGUGCAAAUUCCAGUGUCGAUAGGAUUGGAAAAGAAUUCUCCAAUAAAGUCGCAAGUUGAUAAAUAUAUCAGAAGGUUGAUUGAAGCGGGACUUAUUAGUAAAUGGCUUAAGGAUACUGUGCAGAAUUUUGAUGCUUCUGAAGAAGAAGCUCCUCCCGAAGCCUUAGUCGACUUGAAGAAACUCUACGCUGGAUUCGUCGCUUUGGCAAUUGGAUAUUCCUUGGGAGUCUUAAGUCUCAUUUGCGAAAUCCUCUUUUGGAAGUACUUUAUCGCACGACGUCCUAAUUUUGACAAAUACGAGUUAGCUAAAUUGUAUAGAAUUGGCACUUAA